GUUGCGCAGCGCGAUUGUUGCGCUUGUGAUAGGUUGGCGAGUGGCGACAUUUUGUUUUCAACGCAAACGUGUGCAAUAUCUUCAUCAAAUGCCAUUAUACGCAAUAGGAUGGACCACUGAAGAAGACGAAAACCUUGUGCAGCUUGUGAAACCUCAUUCACAUUUAUACAACUUAUUAGAUCCAUCAAGGAAAAAUAUUUUGGGUCGAGAAUCAACAUGGCAAGAGAUCGCCAAAGUUUUGAUGAAACCAGUUGAAGAAUGUAAGAAACGCUGGAGAGGUCUACGGGACAGUUACAUGAGAAGCAAGCGCAUGGGUGCAAUGCACAAAACUAAAAUAAGUCUUUUUGAAAAUCUUCAAUUUCUGGACAGUGUUCCAAAUGAAUGCUCUGCUAAUGACACUAGUGAGAUGGUGAUUAAGACAGUGACACCAGAGGCACCCAAUAUGGAAGGCAGAGAUAUGAUAGAAGAAGAGGUGAUAACUGACAAUGGUGAAUACUAUGAGAUAACGCUUAUUGAUGGACCUAAACAGACACAAGAAAAUCAAACAUUUAUUAAACUCCUACCUAAAACGGAUAUAAAAUUAGAGCCACCUAAGAAAAUUGGAAGGAAAACUGCCGGCAGAAAAAAGUCAGUGCCAUUGCCUAGAAAUAUUACACCAAUUAAGAUAUUACCAAAACCCAUUAUGACAAACCAGCCAAAACUAAUAAGCUAUGUAGAGGAACCAAAAACCCCUGAACAAAGAUCUCAGACUAUUGAUAAAUUAAUAGAGCGAAUGCUAAAGGAAAACACAAAUGAAAUAGAUGUCUUCUUCAGAAGUAUGGCUGCAAGUGUUAAGAAAUUAAAACCAAGUUUAAUACCAAAGGUAAAAAUGGAGGUUUGUAAUGUCAUUGCUAAAUAUGAAAUGCAGAGUUUUGAGAAGAAUAAUCAAGAUUAAUAUUAGUGGUUAUAAUUGUUAAUAUAUCGUAACCAUACAUAGUAUGAGUUAGUGAUAGUUUUACUGUAUGUUAUACACAGCCUGCUAAUACAAAAACUAUUAGUUGUGUACAUAAUAUGAGAAUUAAAUAUUAAUUAUUAUUUGUUUAUAAUAAUAAAAAUAACUCAAGACUGUGUCAUUUACACAUUGAUAAUAAAUAUAAACAUGAAAAUUAUAUAGAA